GAACCAGCCAAAGAAAAAUGGGAAAUUGUUAGAAUCAAAGCCCCCUUCCUAGAAGAAAUCCGAGAGAAAAUCUGGCGACAACCUGAAAAAAUCAAGAAGUUCAGUGAAUUAAAGAUGCGAGGAAUCAAUCACUUGAAAGGAAAAUACCGAGGAGGUAAUCUGUAUAUGCUAGGACACAGAUCCACAGGGGAACGAAGACAAGUUCUAAAUCAUAAUCUCGCAACAAGUGGAUGUCCUAUAUCGAAAAUCCUGGAUAUCACAGAAGACUACUUGGAAACGAUUAAGUUCCUGAUCUUUCGUCUACGACGUACCGAUGGCUCGGAGUUCACCUGUCAAGAGAAUGACUUCUUCCUACUGCACAUGGAUGAUAUUUAUCAAAUGUUCAUGAGAUGCAGGGAGCUCCCAGUGCACAAAGACAGACUUGCUAGAGAAGGUUUUGAGGCCAUUAAGAGAUUCAUGACAAGACAAGUUCGGUUCUACGCCUCCCAUGAUCUCCAGAUGACUCUUGAACACAAUUAUUCAAAGGCGAACCUUACACGACCGGACUUGGAUAGACCUGGGCUUGAAACCUUUGCAGCAUAUGGUACAUUUGACAAGCCCAUCUCAGUCAUUUAUCUGAAUCACAAAGAAGAGAAGCGUCUGAUGAUUGUUGAAGACAUUCAAAAAUACUGUGAUGGGACCCUGCAAAUCAUCCGAGAACAGCUCCAGCCAAGGAAAGAAGAUCUAGAUAAAAGACAGAAUGAAGCCUCGAAAGAAGAAAUCAAAGAAUUGGAAAGAGUCAAUAAAAUCUUGAAAGCCAUCGAGAAACAACUAGACAGAAGAAGGAGAUCUCAGCAGUCCAAGCAUAGAGCGUGGCGGCAUUGGAAGACCAGGCGGAUCCAUACGAGGACUCGCCGGAGGGCGGCGGCGGCAGAUAAAGACUUGCUGAGAGAGGCGGCGGAUUAGGCGGCUCCGGCGUCCGGCGGUAAAGGUAGCGGGCGGCGGUGGUGGUGGCGGCCGGCCGCCAACAGUGGCGGUACAUGAGAUUUAUGACAGUCCGCAGCACAUCCGGUGCAGUUAUAUAGCUGUGUAAUUUUUUUGUAUUUUAUUUAUAUGUAUGUAGCAUUACUAAAUAAGACAGACUUUCAUUAAGGGUUCAUUAAGGGUACUUUUGUCAUACUCAUUUAAUUUUAGUCCUAC